CUCUCAUCCCCGAGCUUCCUAUUUCUCCCAGAAGAGGUCGCUACACUCCACCUUGACAACCGCUGUGUUGUUUGGUCGUAUCCAAGAAGGCUUAGAACAUGUCGAAUGUUUGCUGUUUAUAAUUGAUUUCUAGCCGUUUUAUUAAAUCGUAGAAUGACCGAGUCGCUCUAUAACUAAUCGGGAUACGUUAAAUAACGCCGUAGGCUUUUAAAAUAACGGAAUUAAUGCUAGAUAAACCUUAAUAAGCGGUGAUUACUGGCGGGAGACGAUGUCGUGAUUCUUCAAAUCUCAUUCUUGAUGGAUGGAAAUGGCUUUUUUUUCUUUCGUUCUUCGAAUGAAUUAUGGAUUCAGAUGAAGAAUUGACUCCACGACGUUAUGUCCUUUCCUAUAGAAGACAUGCUACAUCUAUUGGGACUCAUUUCUAUUGACAGAAUGACUGAAAUGAGGUAAAAUUUCGGGGAUACUUAACAAAAAAAAUGGCAUCAGAAUCAGUUAAAGUUAUCGUUCGAUGCCGUCCAAUAAACAAGAGAGAGAAAGAGCUCUCUUGUAAGGUUAUCAUUAAUAUAGAUACGCCGUUAGGCCAAUGCUCAAUUACAAAUCCUAAUGAAAAAGCAGCUCCUCCUAAAAAUUUUACAUUUGAUGGUGCUUAUUUUACUAAUGCCACUACUGAACAAAUUUAUAAUGAGAUAGUUUAUCCUAUAGUAGAGGGAGUUACAGAAGGGUACAAUGGAACAGUAUUCGCGUAUGGACAGACCGGUUGUGGGAAAUCAUUUACGAUGCAGGGUAUACCUGAUCCAGUGACGCAGAGAGGUAUUAUUCCUAGGGCAUUUGAACAUGUUUUUGAAGCGAUAGCGACAUCUGAAAACAAAAAGUAUUUAGUUCAUGCUUGCUACCUGGAGAUAUACAAUGAAGAGAUUCGUGAUCUUUUAGGUAAAGACUGUAAAAAAAAGCUAGAUUUAAAGGAACAUCCUGACAAGGGAGUUUAUGUAGCAGGUUUAUCCUUACAUCCUGUUCACAAUGUUCAACAGUGUGAAGAGAUAAUGGAUAAAGGCUGGAAAAAUCGUUCUGUUGGUGCCACAUUGAUGAAUGCUGACUCUUCUCGGAGUCAUUCAAUAUUCACGAUCCAUCUGGAAACGUUUAAUAUGGAUACUGAUGUUGAUCAACACAUAAGAAAGGGUAAACUUAACCUUGUCGAUUUGGCUGGGAGUGAACGUCAGGCUAAGACGGGAGCCACGGGAGAUCGUUUGAAAGAAGCCACAAAAAUAAACCUCUCACUGUCUGCACUUGGCAAUGUGAUCUCGGCUUUGGUAGAUGGAAAAUCCAAACAUAUUCCGUACAGAGAUUCUAAACUUACGAGAUUACUUCAAGAUUCUUUGGGUGGAAAUACUAAAACGCUGAUGGUGGCUUGCAUUUCUCCAGCCGAUAAUAACUAUGAUGAAACGUUAAGCACACUACGGUAUGCAAAUAGAGCAAAGAAUAUACAAAACAAGCCAAAAAUAAAUGAAGAUCCAAAAGAUGCUCUCCUGAGGGAAUAUCAGGAAGAAAUAGAAAGAUUGAAAUCGUUGUUGAGUGGGCAGGAAACUGUUGAACAAGAAGAAAUUUUGAAGAAGAAACAGGCUGAAGAAGAAAAUAAGGUUGAAAAAUUAAGAAAGGAAUAUGAUGAAAAAAUGAGAGAGUUAAUGUCCAAAUAUCAAAAAGAACAAGAGAGUAAUGCAAAACUACAGAACGACGUCACUCAUCUGAAAGCAUUCUAUCAAGACGAACUGACAAAAGUUACCAAAAAACGAAGUGCCAGUGCAGAGGAAACGUCUAUGACAAAGGAACGUGUUGUAUCUUCUCCAGUUGCAAAAAUUAGCGAGAAUGGCGAAAUUCAGACACAGUGUACAAAAACGUCUGAAGUUGUAGAAGAUAUCGAAGAUCAGCAAUUUAAGUACUGCUAUGGGUUUCUGAAAUCUUUAACAUGUAAUUUAAUAAUGAUAAUAAAAUUACAAAGUAAAUUUCUCUGUGUGAAAAGCUUCAGUAUGAUUCUAUCUUUAAAAUGCAAAAUCUGUUCUUUCCAACAGGAAUAUGAUGAAAAAAUGAGAGAGUUAAUGUCCAAAUAUCAAAAAGAACAAGAGAGUAAUGCAAAACUACAGAACGACGUCACUCAUCUGAAAGCAUUCUAUCAAGACGAACUGACAAAAGUUACCAAAAAACGAAGUGCCAGUGCAGAGGAAACGUCUAUGACAAAGGAACGUGUUGUAUCUUCUCCAGUUGCAAAAAUUAGCGAGAAUGGCGAAAUUCAGACACAGUGUACAAAAACGUCUGAAGUUGUAGAAGAUAUCGAAGAGGAGAAAGUUGUGGAUGUUCAGGCACAAGCUUUAGAGAGGUUACAAGAACUUCAGGAUCAGAUAGUAGGAGGAGAGAAAGCACAUGACAAAGAAUUGAAGGAAAAAAGGGCCAAAAGGAAAACCAUUGCAGAAAAAAGGAUAGCUCUACUCAAAGAAGCAUUAUCUAAAUUAGAUGAUGACGAUAACAUCAUGUUGCAAGUGUACGACGAUAUCCAUGAAGAACUAAAAGCCAAAACUUCUCUCGUAAAAAAAGCGAAGAAAAAAAUCGUUGCCUUGGAAACUGAAAUUGCGGAUCUCCAAAGCGAAUUCGAAGCAGACAGAACAGAUUAUCUGGAGACGAUCCGUCGGCAAGAUCAGCAGAUCAAACUAUUACAGCAGAUAUUAGAUAAAAUUCAACCAUGCCUUCGGAGGGAUUGCAACUAUUCGAACUUGGACAGAAUCAAGGCCGACAGUUGGUGGGAUGAAGAUUCUCAAAAGUGGCACAUGCCAGAUUUACUAAUCAUUCGAACCAAACUGCCUCCUACUGGUAUACAGCCUGGAGGGCGAAUUCCUCCUUCGGCCAACCAGUCAAACCACAACUUUACGGGAUACUUUGAUGAAACCUCGGAAGAUAAAUUUUUACAGAGGUUGGAGAAAAGUGAACAGGAAGAUAUUGCGGGAACGUACUUCAAACCCAAACGACAAGAACAGCUAUUAAAUAAGGUACAUCAAGAAGCCAACCAACCCUUUCAUUCCAUGACGAACGGAACUCGCCGUGAACCACUGGACAACAACUUCUUUCAGUCGUCCUUCAACGGCACACUCAGUAACUCCCUCCCCUCCAAUUUGGGAUACAAUGCUGGCGGCAACGCUUCCCACCAUGACCCCACUUUCCGCAAACCACCCCGCCUGGAAUCUCUACCUGUUGCUAACGAGUUUAUCAAGAAGAUCCGAAAGAAAUCAAAGCCAAACACCGGCAGCAUGGAAUGGCCGAUCUGACAAUUGGAGACCUCCAAUGAGUUUAGGGAGCUUCAUAAAUUACCACCCAUUAGACCCAGAUCCGACGACUCGGAAUUAAAUCGAAAAUAACACAUUGGGCUUCAGUUUUUUUGUUAAGAAUUUAGUAUCUUUGCCCCUCUUUCUAUUGUUUCUUUGGUUUUUAUCAAGCAACCUCAACUCAUUGGCAUAGUUAUUCAUUAGGGUACCUGCACUGCAAUUUAGGUAAUACCUAAUGCAGUAGUGUUGCCAACUGUUUAUAGAACAAGGACUCAUUUCUCGGACAUACAUUAACAAGACCAGUAUCUAGCAACGUGGAAAGUGCCUAAAUUUAAAUGAUUACACGACGUACUUGCAGGAAACUGCAGAACUGUAAAUAUUGUAGAUAGGAAAUUCCAGAAGAGCUUAAUUUAAUAAUUUGUUGUGUUUUUUUUUUUCCUUCUCGAGAUAUUUACGGUUGUUCUUGUUAUGCCGUGGAAGAAGACAAGUAUUUAAUUUUGCGGCCUCGUCUUCCAGUUGAGUCGUUACUGCACUGUCACUGAAACACACUGUAACAAAGGUCUUUCUGUAAAUACUGUAAAUAGUAAUUAUAUUUUAAUUAAUGCAACAUACGGGAGUAAUUUUCACACUGGCUUGUGAGUCGGUGACAGAUUCUAGUCGGUAAGAGACAUUUCAAAGUAUAUUUUAAGCAUCGGAGGAUGGUUCCAGGAGUGCCACAACGGAUCGUUCAGAGCCCCGUCAUCGUUUAUUUUGUUACGUUUCGCGGCCCUAUCUGUGAUAUUUUGAGUGGGCUGCCAUCAAAGCAUUCCUAAUUACAAAUGACCACUUACACUCUAUUUUUGGUACAGAGAGAGUGUUUGCCGUGUUUUGUGCUCCACAGAGCGACUGGGGAAACUGGCACCGGUCCACCAGAACCACCCGAAUUUCUAUCACUCAGGUACACGUCGUCGUCUCAACUCCGCCGGGCAGUCCUCUCAAUUGGUCACACUCGGCAGAGAAGAGAGAGAACCCAUUGUGAUAAAACAUUGUUUUGUUUUGUUAAAAACAUAUUACAGAAUUUCGAACAAAGGUGUGCCAGUGGCAGCUUAGCUAGUCUAGUGGGUCCAGUACAAAAUUAGUAUGCCUUAUUUGUGGGAAAAUAGCAUUAUAACAGAUAACUUGUCAGUUUUUUUGUAAGAAAUAAAACAAUGUUUUGAUAAGAGAAACAAAUGUACAUAUAUAUCACUUUGUGCCUAAAUUGUUUAUCACAAUAAAUUAUGCCUAAAAGACCAGUCUUGUUUCAUGAUCUUGAAAAAUGGAGAUUGUUUUACAUGAUAUUUUUGGACAUUUGAGCAGUUACAGUAACUAUUUUGAAUGCUUUUAGAUGUUGUUUAGACACGCAAACAGGCAAAACAAUGGUUUUAACGUUGGACAUCGUUAAUGGUUUUGGACAUCUGAGCAGUAAAACAUAGGUUCUGGACGAUUUUUACACUUAAGCAGCCAAAAAUUAACUCUCGAAUAUUAUCGCAUGAAUUUUUUUUUCCAUUUGGCACUCAAAAUAGCGAUUAAAGCGUUAAAACGGUGUUUUCAUGCGUUUAAGCAAGUAAAAUUUUUGCCUUAAAUGCCUAAGACGUGUGACGUCUUAGGCAUUUAAGUAGGCAGAACAAUGUUUCUUUAAAUGGGGGGUGACUCUUAAACAGGUUUGCAAGAAGGGGAAGACUAUAAACCUG